UGGGUGUGAUUGCAGCAGGCAUGGGGGUCUCUUCCCAGACCACCCCUUUGUAUUGCCCCUCUUGUUCCCGCCACUUCCCUGUUCGUGUUGCUCUCUCUUCUUGGUCCCUCUUCCGCCCCAGGUUCUUUUUCCUCCAAAAAUUUCAUUUUUUUUUCCAUUGGGUGUUGCUUUCGCCUUGCCCUUCUGUUGAAUCGUCAGAAAGUCUUUGGUGGGGUGUCAAGGGUUGUUUGUUGUUGUUGUUGAUGAUGAUGAUGAUGAUGAUGUGUGUGCACUCUGGUUUUUUUGGUUUUGGUGGCUUUGUUAGAUGGCUUGGAGAAUCUUGUUUACUGUUGUUGAGCUGAACUGUCUUGUGCUUUGUUGGCUUUGCUUUUUCUUUGGAUUGGAGCUUUUAGAUACGGUGAAUAGUGUGGUUGAAGAUGAUAAAUUUGAAGUAGUAGUUAUGGUUUGUUUUUUCUUUCUGGCGUUUUGGAGUCUCCAAGGGGUGGGGGAGGUAUAUAGAGAAGAAUGGUUUGAUUUUAUAGUGGAAGUGCGGGAGAGUUUUGUUUGAAGUUUAUUUGUGUGUUUUCGGAAAAUGUACUUUGAGGCAUUUUGCUUAUGGUCAUUUUUGGGGUUUUCUCUUGAUGCUGUGUAUUGUGAGUUGGUGACUUUGUGAUUGUGGCUGUUCAGUUUAUGGACGGUUCUGGUAUUGUCAGGUCUUGAAUGGGAUUUUCACUCUAAAGGAUAUAUGAUUUGAGCAAAAAUAAAAAUUGAAAACUCAAAGGGUUUAUAGAGACUGUUGCAGUGCACGCCAUAAAAGGGGUGUCACCUUGUAAAUUUCACCUAGCUUUAUGGUUGCUAUUGGCUUGAAAUUUGUGUUGAUAAAAGUUAUCACAUUUGUUAGUGUUAACUUUCAAAUAAUGAUGAUAAAAAAGAGAAAGAAAAAAUCAACAUCGAAUGGGAAGUUACUAAAAAGUGAAGGGUUAGUUCUAAAUCAUGAAGGGGGUAUGUAACUGAUAUUAUUAAGGUUCUCUAUUGUCUUCCUAUUGCCUUUUCUUCCGCACAUUUUGUUUUAUUUGGAAAAAUCAAUAUUUUGUGUUACUCAUCAAACACUAGGUAAAGGUCUUUGUACCUCCCUGGUUUUGACACUGGUUACUCAACUCCAUAAUAUUUACAACACCUCGUAUAAAGUAUUACUAUUGCAUAUUAUUGGUAGUUACUAACAUUUGUAGGUAAAAUAUGUAAAGCUGGCAACUAAGGGUAUCAUUUUAUCCUGCGAUUAACUAUAGGUAAUUGUGGACUACAUAGGAACAAAUGACAGGCUGGAUAGUGGAAAUAUUUUAUUAUUAUUCAUGUCAUUUCAAAAUGUGUAUUAUUUUAGCUCAUCUACACAAGCUUUUCUUUGGCUAGUUGGCUGCAUAGUCUCGUUUGUGCUAGAAGAAAAAUCCAAUCAAUCCACAUUGCCAACAAUGUCUUUCAACAUAGUACAUUGUCUUUCGGAGAAGGUUCGUCCUGUCUAAAGAGAACACCUUUUGGGUUGAAAAAACGUAAUGACAUGGAGCAUAGCCAUAAAUCUCCAGUACAUGUUCCAGUUAUGAAAUUUUCAAACAUGCCAUAUGGCGUGUUGAAGGAAACAGCACAUGAAGAGAUGAGUUCUUUACAUUCAUGCAAUAGACAAUUUAGGAUGGUGGGUUGUGCUACACAGAAUUUGAGAUUUCCCACAACCUCUGCUAAUAGAAAAAAGUUGUUUGGGUAUAGAAAAGACUGGGUUGAGGAAGGUUUUAAAGUGCGUACAGAAAAAAUGGAAAUACAUGCACUUGUAAGAAUUGCAUCUAAUGCAUUUACUUCCAGUGAUCAAGAACAGGCUGUUUCUAUGAAUGGGGAGCACACUUUUGUGCAGCAGGAUCUUGACGAACCUGCCUCACCUUCUGUUGAACAUUCUACAUUAAUCAACUCAAAAGAGUUGAUAGACACUAAGACAGUGGGCACCCAGUUAAAGGUACCUUCAUCAAAAACUAGUAAAGAGAAAGUUGAUAGAGUUAACGCGAAUCGUCAUUUGGAUACAACUGCAAAGGAUGCAACUGAGGAAAAAUCUGUUAAAAUGGCACGAAGUACUGCACAGUCAAAACUCCGGGACAGGCUUUGUAGUAUCUACAAAGACAUAUUGGUUGUUAAUAAUAUUUCUCUUGCAGAGGAAGUUGCUAAGAUGCUUACAGUAAAUUAUAGGCAUCUUAUUCAUGCAUGUGAUACUGAGGUGGCCAAGAUAAAUGUCAAACAGGAAACACCUGUAGAUCAUGGAGAGAUAAUAUGCUUCAGUAUUUAUUCGGGUUCAGAAGCUGAUUUUGGUGGUGGAAAGUCCUGUAUCUGGGUAGAUGUUCUUGAUGGUGGAGGCAAAGAGAUCUUAAAUAAGUUUGCUGAAUUUUUUCAAGAUUCAUCCAUCAAAAAGGUUUGGCAUAACUAUAGCUUUGACUGUCAUGUUAUACAAAACUAUGGAUUUAAGGUUUCUGGAUUUCAUGCUGAUACAAUGCACAUGGCACGACUUUGGGAUUCAUCUAGGCGCUGGGUUGGUGGUUAUUCUCUUGAAGCACUUACAGGUGACAAAGGGGUCAUGUUUGGGGCUAAGCUAGACCAUGAAAAGGAUUUGAUUGGUAAGGUGUCCAUGACCACUAUAUUUGGUCUGCAAAAAUUGAAGAAAGAUGGAUCUAUGGGUAAAAUGAUUACCAUUGAUCCUGUUGAUGUGCUGCAAAGAGAUGAGCGUAUACCUUGGAUAUGUUACUCUGUAUUAGAUGCUAGAAGCACUCUGAUGCUUUAUGAGAGCCUAAAGAGUCAUCUGUCAAAUAUGCCUUGGAAUCUUGAUGGAGUACCUGUUUUACGAAAAAACAUGUAUGAUUUCUACCAGCAAUAUUGGCGACCAUUUGGUGAGCUUCUAAUCAAAAUGGAAUCUGAGGGAAUGCUAGUUGAUCAGUUAUAUCUUAAAGAGAUAGAAAAGGUGGCCAAAGCAGAGCAAGAGGCUGCUGUUAAUAGAUUCCGAAAGUGGGCAUCUAGGUAUUGUCCUGAUGCCAAGUAUAUGAAUGUUGGAAGUGAUGCACAGUUGCGUGUACUGCUCUUUGGUGGAACUUUGAACAGAAAAAACCCUGUGGAGGCAAUUCCAAGUGAGCGAAUUUUCAAAACACCCAAUGUUGAUAAAGUGAUUGAAGAAGGCAAGAAGGCUCCCUCAAAAUUUCGUGAUAUUAAGUUAAAUAGCAUUGGCUACAAUCUGAAUGUUGAGAUGUACACACCAAGUGGUUGGCCCUCGGUUAGUGGAGAUGCUUUAAAGGUCCUGGCUGGCAAAGUUUCUGCCGAAUAUGACUUCAUUGAUGCUUGUGAUAUGGUUCUUGAUGAUGAAGAUGGAAAUCCUUCUCAAAGUGAAGUUUUACCUGUAGAAAUAGACAAAUCUGCUUACGGAACAGCUUUUUCUGCUUUUCCAACAGAGGAAGAAGGCAAAGAAGCUUGCCAUGCAAUUGCUGCUUUAUGUGAAGUCUGUUCAAUCGACUCUUUGAUCUCUAACUUCAUCCUUCCCCUGCAGGGAGAUAAUAUAGCAGGAAAGGAUCACCGUGUUCAUUGUUCAAUAAAUAUCAACACGGAGACUGGGCGCUUGUCAGCAAGAAGGCCAAAUCUGCAGAAUCAACCUGCUUUGGAGAAGGAUCGCUACAAAAUUCGCCAAGCCUUCAUAGCUGCUCCAGGAAAUUCUCUUAUAGUUGCUGAUUAUGGACAGUUAGAACUUAGGAUUCUUGCGCAUCUUGCUAAUUGUAAGAGCAUGUUGGAAGCCUUCGAAGCUGGUGGAGAUUUUCAUUCCAGAACGGCAAUGAAUAUGUACCCAUAUAUUCGUGAAGCAGUUGAGAAAAAGGAAGUGCUUCUUGAGUGGCACCCUCAGCCUGGUGAAGAAAAACCACCAGUUCCUCUCCUGAAGGAUGCCUUUGCUUCUGAAAGAAGGAAAGCCAAAAUGCUUAACUUCUCAAUUGCAUAUGGAAAGACUCCAGUUGGGCUUUCCAAGGAUUGGAAGGUUUCUGUGAAAGAGGCUAGAAGAACAGUUGACCUUUGGUACAAUGAUAGAAAAGAAGUGCUGAAAUGGCAAGAAGAACGUAAAAAAGAAGCUUGUGAAACUCAAUGUGUUCACACAUUGUUAGGGCGAGCCCGACGGUUUCCUAAAAUAGACCCAGCUUUCAGCUACCACAAAGGACAUAUUGAGCGAGCUGCUAUUAAUACUCCAGUGCAGGGUAGUGCAGCAGAUGUUGCCAUGUGUGCCAUGUUACAAAUAUCCAAUAAUAAGAAGUUGAAGAAGCUUGGAUGGAAGUUGCUUCUACAGGUUCAUGAUGAAGUCAUAUUGGAAGGGCCAACUGAGUCGGCCGAGGUUGCAAAGGCCAUAGUUGUUGAGUGCAUGUCGAAACCCUUCAAUGGCAAGAAUUUUCUUAAAGUUGGCCUCUCUGUCGAUGCCAAGUGUGCUCAAAACUGGUAUGCCGCAAAAUAGGUGUUUAGUCAUACAGUAUGGGAGGUUGGUGAAUUGGUGCGGUGCACCCUUCGUUUCACAAAAAGGCCAUCCAUGGUUGGAUUUGGGAGAGAUGUUUUCUUGGAAACAUGGUUCCUUUGGUGAGUGUAAUCAGAAGAGGCUGCUACCUUUGGUACAUCUUUUUUCCAUGGCAAAGGAAUUGGCCAAGGUUAUCCUCUAUUUCUAAAGGGGUCUUUGAUGUUCUGGGAGGAGUUCCAUUGUGAUGUUGUGGUGUGCAUAGCAUUUCUAACUCUGGAGGAAGCUAAGGACCAAUACCAUGGUGUCAGCAUUUGACUGCUGCUGGUAGCUGCUAUUAUCCCUUUGUUUUUUAGUGCACACAUACCAUUGUCAUGUCUUACAUCAUGUAACAUUAUGGCCUCUCGGCUUCAUUCAACUGUAUCAUUUUGUAUAUUGUAUAUAUAAAACGAAAUUUGCUAAACUUCAAUGGGUAUUGGUUGCUUGAAACAUGUUUAGAGUCUUCUAAA